AAUUAAUCAAAUCAAAUUUGAACAGCCACAACAAACGAUUACAGAGAAUAACCCUACGAAAGACAAGUUUUCACGUAACGAAAAGAUUUACGACAGACAAGUUUAUAAUAAACAAUAAUCUCGGUAACAUGACUAGCAGCAACCAAGAGAGAAACUAUAAUUUUCAAGUUGCAUCUCAAAAACUCUGCAAGAAAACAACAUUUUUAUAACAUAAGUUAUUACAAUACGGUUGAAAUGUGAUGACUGACGACUGAAUAGAAAAACAAUAAAUGCAAAUGUGAUUAGUAAGAGGUGACAUGUCAUAAGCGACUUGUGAGGGCAAAAGACAAAGUUGUUUUUUUCCUUCUUCUCUGUCUCGCAGCAGUUAAAUAAUUCAAUUGUUUUCCCGUCUUUUUUGGAAGAGAGUACGUGAAAACCAUAUAUCGCAUCUUCUCAUUCUUCUUUCAUUGCCCUCAUUAAAACACACAUCAUAUCGCCCCCAAAAUUUUGAUUUGAUUAGAGAGGUGUGUGGAAAAUGGCGGAAGAGUAUGCCGAGUGUUUGCUAGAGAAGAACUUCCAUGAGGAUUGUUCUGGCUGCAAGGUUGAUCAGAUGAAGAGGCUUCGCCGUGGAUUUCCCUUCUGGGAGCUUUUUACCGUUUGGAUCAUCGUUCUUUGCACCGCUUUGCCCAUUUCUUCUCUAUUCCCCUUUCUCUACUUUAUGAUUGAUGAUUUCAACAUUGCAAAGAAGGAAGAGGACAUUGGGUUCUACGCUGGAUUUGUUGGUUGCUCUUUCAUGCUCGGACGAGCUUUUACAUCUGUGGCAUGGGGACUUGUUGCUGAUCGUUAUGGUAGAAAACCUGUAAUCCUCAUAGGAACCGCUUCAGUGGUCGUUUUUAAUACUCUGUUUGGCCUAAGUUUAAAUUUCUGGAUGGCUAUUAUCACAAGAUUUUGCCUCGGUAGUUUCAACGGUUUACUUGGUCCUAUCAAGGCUUACGCAAUGGAAAUAUUCCGUGAUGAGUAUCAAGGUUUAGCACUCUCAGCAGUUAGUACAGCUUGGGGAAUUGGACUCAUCAUUGGCCCUGCUAUAGGAGGUUUUCUUGCUCAGCCUGCAAAGCAAUAUCCAAGUUUAUUCUCACAGGACUCCAUUUUUGGCAAAUUUCCCUUCUUUUUGCCAUGCUUAGCAAUAUCCGUUUUUGCAUUCUUGGUGACCAUAGUUUCAUCAAGGAUUCCGGAAACAUUGCACAAUCACAAGUUUAAUGAUGAUGAGUCUUAUGAUGCUCUCAAAGAUUUGUCUGAUGACCCUGAAUCUAAUAAAGUGGCAGAGAGAAAUGGAAAAAGUUCUCUCUUGAACAACUGGCCAUUAAUUUCAUCUAUCAUCGUAUACUGCGUCUUUUCACUACAUGAUAUGGCUUACACAGAGAUCUUUUCAUUGUGGGCAAACAGUCCGAGGAAAUAUGGAGGUUUGGGAUACUCCACUGCAGAUGUUGGUUCUGUUCUUGCCUUUUCAGGCUUUGGUCUCCUUAUCUUUCAGCUUUCGCUCUACUCUUACGCAGAGAGGCUUUUAGGACCUAUCAUAGUUACACGUAUAUCUGGGAGCCUAGCAAUGGUCGUCUUAUCAUGUUACCCACUAAUAGCAAAGUUAUCUGGUUUAGCCCUUACCGUGACUGUAACUUCUGCAUCCGUAGCAAAGAGUGUUUUAGGUACUUCUGCUAUAACUGGAUUAUUCAUCCUUCAAAACAAGGCUGUGAGACAAGACCAAAGAGGAGCAGCUAAUGGAAUUGCCAUGACAGCGAUGUCUCUUUUCAAAGCCAUAGGUCCAGCAGCAGCAGGAAUCAUUUUUUCGUGGAGCGAGAAACGUCAGGGUGCUGCUUUUCUCCCUGGCACCCAAAUGGUAUUCUUUAUACUGAAUGUGGUUUUGGCACUUGGAGUUGUAUUGACAUUCAAACCAUUUCUAGCUGAAACACAACAGUAGAAAAUGAUGAAGAUUUUGAUGGUAUUCAAAUUACAUAAUCAGAAUGUAUUGUAUAAUAUAUAGAUUUGUAUGUCUGAUCCAAAGUUAGAUUAGAAAAAUGGCAAGAGAAAAAGAAAAAAAACUUGUUAGAAUUGUUGUCAUCAUCCUUUGUAUGUUAUAGGACAAGUUGUUCACAAAAUUUUGUCUAAUGUGUCAGAACCAUUGUAAGAAGGAUUCAAUAAUGUUUUUUGUACAUGAUGUUUCGCGAAUAAUAUUGACAAGUCGUCAAAUCCUAUCCUGAGAUUCCUGAAUCUUCUUCUUAUACGGAACUCAAUCACCAUGAAACAACAAAUCGCAACCGUCCAUCUCUGGAGACGUGUCGCUUCUUGACGUUGUUGUAGCUUACACGUCAAUACAGAAGAUAACGAUCUCC